UAAUACAUAGAAGAAAGAGAUAAUAUUUAGUUGAUUGUUAACCGUAUUUAUAAACUCUUCGAAAAUUUCAAACCAUCAGUGUCCGUCUUAUCAAAACAUUGUGCGUUCUUCCGCUUCUGAUAAGCCAGCUCCAGUAUUUAUUGUUUUUGCUCCACCAGAAGAGUGAAAAUUUUGUUUUUAAAGCGGAAUAAUUGGGCAGGAUGAGAGCCACGAUGAGGAAAGAAAUAUGGAUGCUACUAAUACUGAUGCUAGUGGAACGAACAGUACAGACCUCUGUCGGACCAGGUGACUUAUCCAAAUGUUCUUAUGGAGAAAGAGGCUCUCUCACAUCGACGUGUGUCAACGCCUAUCCAGCCUAUUUUAGAAGUACUCCAUAUAGGUUUGAUCAGCUGGAUGAAACUGUCAAAUGCGAACACUGUACCUUAACCGUAAUAGAUUCUGGAACUUUCGAUAUUUCCGGCAACCAGAUAAAGAACCUUUGGUUGAAUAACAGCAAAAUAGAAAAGAUCAAUCCUAAAGGUUUUGUUGGCUUGAUCUUCUUAGAACGUCUCAUUAUCAGCUACAACAGUGUUAGAUCAAUUUAUCCAGGAACAUUUACUGGAGUAAAGAAAAUAAAAACCAUUGAUCUAUCUCACAAUCAGCUAGAUAUACUGUCAGAUGAUGGGUUCCUGGAACUAGUUAAUCUUGAAGAGUUGAACAUGGAAGCUAAUAACAUAAAAACUAUCGCUGGGAAAGCAUUUAAUGGACUUACUAAUAUUAAGAUCCUGAAUCUUAAAAAUAAUCAAAUAUCGGAUGUUAAAGGUGUUUUUACCAAUAUGACAGCUUUGAGUAUUCUGAACUUAGAAGGCAACCACAUACAAACGUUGGGUGGUGACGAGUUCCUUAACCUAACUGGACUAUUAGAGUUGAAUUUAGCACACAAUAACCUUAGAAGCCCUGUGAUUGAACUACAACCAACUAACCUUUUAAAGAAUCUUUAUUUGCAGAACAAUUUGAUCGAUAAAAUUCAAGCUAAGUUCCUCAAGGGAUUACACAAUUUAGAAAAUCUAGAUUUGAGUAACAAUCAAGUUGUGAACAUUAAUACAAAAACGUGGGCAGAUCUGUAUAAUUUGCGUCAUCUAAACUUGUUCAACAACAGAAUUACAUCCAUGCAGACAGGAACUUUUACAGGCUUGCCCCAACUAGAAUUGCUGAACUGUUCCCACAAUGAAAUUAACGAAAUUACAAUUACUGGUGUAUUCUCUCUGCAUAGCUUACACGCUCUAGACCUUUCUUACAACAAACUUACUGAUUUUGACUACGUAGGGCUUAUUGAUAGGCUUCCCAGGCUCUCUUACCUAAAAUUAGAGGACAAUAAGUUGCCUUGUGCGUUAGAAGAUGAGAUGGAAAGAUAUUUCGAAGAAGACAACUUCAAAUACGUACUCUACGAUGCUGCCAUAGGCGCCUUCAAGUGUGUGGAUACACCUAUCAAGAGUUCUCUGAAGGUGGUCAAUGAAGCAGUCGGUUCUACGCAACCAGUACCACCUAGAGUUACUGGUGCAGAAGUUACCAUCAUUGUACUCAUGUGUGUAGUGUUCGUUUGUAUUGGGUUCUUGUUUUAUAUGCAGUACCGUACGUACCAGGAGAUCAACAGUAAAGGACCAACCAGGGCGAUAUCUUCAGCAGGUUUAGUGUCUUCGGAAAUUAUCGAAAAUGGUGAAGAUAAUAAUUAUUUGCAAGAAUAAAUUGGACUUAACGAUUGACAAUGUUUAUAGAUAUCUGUUGUUGAAAACAAAUAUGUGAUAAAUGAGAUGUUUGUGUAAAUGAGACAAAUAAGAUUAUUUUUAGUACA